GUGAAUUGAUAGCCCUUCUCCAGCCACUAAGCUGAAACGAUCACGAUACGAAAAAUGUCCAUCCCUCGAGUUUGGCCUCUUCAGUUAUUCAUUUUGUUUCAUCUCCUCUUUGCCCCAUGGCUGCCACCGCUCGUCUUUGCAGUCGAAGCCGGAGGCGGCCAGUGGCAGUUGUUGCAGCGAAGCAUAGGUGUGUCGGCCAUGCACAUGCAGCUCCUCCACAAUGACGUUGUGGUCAUGUUCGACCGCACGGACUUCGGCAAGUCCAACCUUUCGCUGCCGGAAGGCAAAUGCCGGAACGAUCCACACGACACCGCUUUGAAGAUCGACUGCACCGCACACUCCAUCGCGUACGACGUGGCAUCAAAUUCUUUCCGACCUCUCAUGGUCCAAACCGAUGUUUGGUGCUCCUCCGGCUCGGUGAUGCCCGAUGGACGCUUGAUCCAAACAGGCGGUUUCAAUGAUGGCGAACGUCGGAUCAGGAUCUUCAACCCAUGCACCGACUGCGAUUGGCAAGAAGUCGAAAACGGGCUGUCUGCGCGCCGGUGGUACGCGACCAAUCACAUAUUGCCCAACGGUGUGCAAAUAGUCAUCGGCGGCAGGAGACAAUUCAACUACGAAUUCUAUCCAAAAACCUGGGCUCCGGACGUGUACAAUCUUCCAUUUCUUGCUGAGACCAAUGAUGCCAACAUCGAGAACAAUCUCUACCCUUUUGUUCAUCUUAACGUGGACGGGAACCUGUUCAUUUUUGCUAACAAUCGGGCAAUAUUGUUCGAUUAUGGGCACGGUAAGGUGGUGAAGACGUACCCGGCGAUGCCAGGCGGUGACCCAAGGAACUACCCGAGCACCGGAUCUUCCGUCUUGCUUCCGUUGAAGAACUUGCAAGCACCGCUCAAAGAAGCUGAAGUUUUGGUAUGCGGUGGUGCACCUAGGGGAUCAUACAUAAAGGCAACUAAUGGAAACUUUGUCGGGGCACUGACAACGUGCGGGCGGAUCAAAAUAACCGACCCAGCUCCACAAUGGGUCAUGGAGACCAUGCCGAAGCCUAGAAUCAUGGGAGACAUGACCCUCCUCCCAAACGGCGACGUUCUGAUCAUCAAUGGCGCUGCUGCGGGAACCGCCGGCUGGGAAAAUGGUCGGGACCCGGUUUUCAACCCGGUCCUGUACCGUCCUGAUGACCGGACCGGAAACCGGUUUGAGCUCCAAAACCCCUCCUCCAUACCGCGGAUGUACCACUCCACGGCGAUCCUCCUCCGAGAUGGGAGAGUCCUCGUAGGAGGAAGCAAUCCACACAUCACCUAUGCCUUCACUGGCGUCCUCUUCCCGACAGAGCUGAGCUUGGAGGCAUUCUCGCCACCGUACCUCAACGCAGAGUUCAACAAUCUGCGCCCGAGGAUAAUAUCGCCGGCUUCUCAAGCGACGCUUGGCUACGGAACGAAAGUCCUCGUCAGAUUCUCUGUCGCCGGGGCUGUUUCCGCAUCAAGGGUGACGGUGACGAUGGUGGCGCCGUCGUUCACGACGCAUUCUUUCUCGAUGAACCAGCGGCUGCUGGUGAUAGGCGGUGGCAGGGGAGUGACUUCCGUGGGUCGAUCGAUCUACGAAGUGGAGGUGGUGACGCCAGGCACACGUAUCCUUGCACCGGCUGGUUAUUAUUUGCUGUUUGUGGUACAUCAGGAUGUGCCCAGCGAAGGGAUUUGGAUCAGGAUGCAGUGAGCGAACAAGAUCUUCUCGGGUUGAGAAAGUAUGAAUCCCCGUGUGGGUCCGACUAAUGGCCGAGCCGCUGAGUGAAUGCCCGAAGAAAAGACUAUAUUUUCUUCUUUUCUUUUUGAAUAAGUGAUAUAGAUUAUUUUUUGUUGAUACAUAGAAGGAAUUUCUUGAUACGUUAGUGUUUUUAUCAGCGUCUAUUUUGUUGUGAAGCAUCAAAGCGGUGGAUGUGUUUGUAAUGAUAUUUCUCCACUUAAAAAAAAAAAUUACAGAUUGUGGUGAUAA